GCGUUAUUCAAAGCGGACUUUGAAGCCUUGCAUUGCAACCAGAUAAAAGGCGUCACCUGCCGACACCCCACCGCACACCUGAACACUACCUGAACCCUAUCUUCCACCCGCACUCUCACAUCCCCCAACCAUGUCUGACGAAGAAGGAGGCAAGAAGUCGGGAUACCGAUUGGAAUAUGCGAGCUCGUCUCGGGCGAAGUGCAAUGGUACCAAGCCAUGCAAAGGAACUCCAAUUGCCAAGGGCGAACUGCGUUUUGGCAGUCUAGUAGACUUCAGAGGAAACACUUCCUUUUCAUGGCGCCACUGGGGUUGUGUGACCCCCAAAAUCAUCUCCAACAUGAAAAACUCGUUCGAAGAGGCAGAUGAGCUUGACGGCUUUGACGACCUCACCGACGAGGAUAAGGACAAAAUCCGUGUGGCCUGGGAGGAUGGCAAGGUCGCCGAUGAAGACAUCCCUGACACUGCGCAGAAGCCCGAGGGCGAGGAGGACGAGGAUGAGGAUGAGGAGAAGCCCAAGAAGAAGGCUCCCGGAAGGAAGAAGAAAACUGAUGCUGACGAGAAUGGUGAGCCGCAGAAGAGCGUAUUCAAGUUGGAGUACGCGUCGUCUAGCCGAGCCAAGUGCAAGACGUGUGGAGACAGUGUCGGCAAGGGCUUCUUCCGGCUCGGCCAGGAGGUAGACUUCCGCGGUCAUAAGGCUGUGAACUGGCGACACUUCGGCUGUGCUGACGCCAAGAUGAUCGCAUCUAUGCAAGCCUCCUACAGCGAGUCCUCUGAGAUCGACGGCUUCAACGACCUCAAACCAGCUGAACAAGAAAAGGUUCAGCGCGCGUGGGACGCGGGCGAGGUGCCGGAGGAAGACCAGGGUCCUGGAGAGGCCGUCGAAACUGCCAAAAAGGCUGCACCGAAGCGCAAGAAGAAGGACGAGGAUGGCGAGGAGGAGAAGCCCAAGCGAUCGAGGGCGAAGAAGGCUAAGGAUGACGAUGACGAGGAAGAAAAGCCGAAGCGUAAGCGUGCCCCCGCGGCGGAGAAGAAGACCAAGGCACCUGCCAAGAAGAGCAAGAAAAAGACUAGCGACGACGAUUCCGGCGAGGAUUUCGGUAACGAGAUCGCAGCUGUGGGCGACGACGAGGAAGAGGAAGAGGAAGAAGAGCCUGCCCCCAAGAAGCGGAAGACUGCCCCCGCCCCCAAGGGUAAGCCUGCGUCGAAGGCCAAGCCGGCUGCCUCUCGCGGGAGGAAAAAGGCCCAAGAGUCUGAAGUCGAGGAUGAUUACGAGUGAAUGGUUUCCUCAGCUCGUCCCAUCCCUGCGUGUCGUCGGACCCUCCGUUCUCGUCCGCUGUCGUUGUCACAUCCGUAGUUGCUUUGCAUCUCAUCCUGCCAAGGUAAUGUAUGGACAUCGUGUAAUAGUAUUCCUCUUCUGCCCGUCCUGGAAUCUCGCGUCCACUCCCUUCUGUUCUGUUGUUGCGAUCGCCGCUCCAUAGACUUUACGACCGUGACGCUAUAUCUUACCUAACUUAUGUGACUACUGCGCGUGUACCGAUAUAGAAUACCCGCCGUGUCCUAGUGAAUCGAUACCGUGCUACUUUAGGCUA